AUGUCGUCGGUACAGAAUAAGGUGGAGACGCUGGUAGAGUUGUUUCCGGACUGGAAGAGGGAGGAUCUGUUGGAGUUGGUCCAGGAGGAGAAGGACACUGAGCUGGAGAUUAUAGUUGAGAAGAUUACGACCGGUAAAGUUACGAAGUGGGAUGAGGUGAAGAAGCCCAAGCGGGAGAGACAUGCGCCGGAGGCUAGCUCCGUGCGCACGUAUAGCUCGAGUACACAUAGUCAUAGUGCGGCCAGUGGCGGUGCUGCUGCUCCUAGAUAUAAGAAGUCUGGCAGGUUUGCUGGCAACAGUGGUGUAAGCAAUACUGCUACUGGUAGCAGCACUAGCACUAGCUCAGGCACUAGCACUAGCGCCUCCUCUCACGGGGCAGCUCAGAGUGCUUCCAGUGGAAAGAACGCUACUGCUGCUGCUCAGGCAGCUGUGAAGAAGACCGGUGUUCCUGCCGGUACCAAGGAAGAGAAGAUUGCUCAAAGACUAAAUUCUACACAUACCCAAGAGGAAAGGAAGAAGAUGUCCUGGGCGGCCAUUGCCACUCCUAAGCCAAAGCCAAAGCCUGUUCAAAAGAAGAAAGAAGAAGAGCCAGCACAAGAAUCCCAAGAGGACACUAAGGCUUCUGAAUCUUCCAAAGAAAGCGCUUUGGAAAAUGUAGAAGACUUGAAGAAUGAAGUUGACAACAUUGAAAAAGAACAAGAAAAGAAAGAAGAGCCUGCUCAAGAAACUGAGAAGGAAACCGUAGAAAAAGAACAAGAACCACAACCACAACCACAAGAACAAGAACAACCACAAGAACAAGCACAAGAACAAGCUGCCAAUGAGCAACAACAACAAGAACAACAACAACCACAACAACCACAACAAGAGCAACAAGAGCAACAAUUGGCUCAAGAAGCCGCUGCUCCAGCUGAAGCUGCGCCAGCUUCUAAGCAAGGCAGUGUCUCUGAGGCUGCUCAACAACAACAACAACAACAACAACAACAAACUGCUCCACAACAAACUGCUCAGCAACAACAACCUGCCCAACAGUUGACUGAUGCACAACUACAAGCUCAAGCACAAGCUCAAGCACAGGCCCAAGCUCAAGCACAACAAUACUACAUGUACCAGAACCAAUUCCCAGGCUAUUCUUACCCGGGUAUGUACGACAUGCAAGGUUAUGCUUACGGCCAACAGUACCAACAACCAACACCAAUGGGUGGUCACCCAGCCAUGGUCAAUGCUCAAUUCUCCAUGCAACAAGGUUACAUGAAUGCUGGUACACCUGUCUCCGCUGGUGUUGAUUUGAACACUGCCACUGCUGCACCAAACACUGCUCAAUCACCUGUGGCUCCACACACUCAACAACAAAGUCAACAACAACCAUACGGUGCUGGUUCAUUCAUGCCAUAUUACGCCCACUUCUACCAACAGUACCCAUAUGGCCAACCACAAUACGGUGUUGCUGCUAACCAAUAUCCAUACCAAACUACUAAGUCUAGUGGCCAAAACUUGUAUGGCGGUGAGUAUGGUCAACAAGCUCAGCAAGAUGCUCAAGCUAAGGGGGUGCAACGUAAUGAUUCCCAUUCCGAGCAGCAGACUUCUGACUCAGCUCAGCAACAAUUGACUCCACAACAAAUUCAAUUGCAGCAGUAUUAUCAAUACCAACAGCAGCAACAGCAGCAACAGCAGCAGCAACAGCAACAAGCUCCACAGCAACAGCAGCAGCCUAAUGCUCAGCAAUACGGUUACUCAGGUUAUGAUUACAACACUAAGUCCACUAACGGUUUCUAUUGA